AUGGAGGUCCUGAGUGUGGACGACUGGAGCAAAGACGCGCCGGAGGAGUCCCGCUACGAGCCCGUACUGACGCUCGUGGACAGCGGCAGUGACCCACGCGCCUGGCUGGCCUCGGUGCAGCCGCCUGGCACCUGUGCGACACACGCCACUUCCCCCGACUACCUGCAGCAAUCGCCCUGCCCGAGCUCCGGCUCCUACAACGAGAGCGGCUCUCCGGGGUCCUCCGGCCUGCCCAGCCCUCCCAGCUACAGAAAGUCAGCCAAGAGCCCCCCCUCUUCCUCGCUCAAAGUCCGGGACCUGUGCCGCCUCAACGGCACUGUCUCCGGAUCCGAUGAGGAGGCGUCCUCCAGGCAGAGAGCCCCGUCCAGCAAACCGGGCAACGGGGUCCAGAAGCAGAGGCGCGUGGCCGCCAACGCGCGCGAGAGGAGAAGGAUGCACGGGCUGAACUAUGCGUUCGACGAGCUGCGCAGCGUCAUCCCGGCGCUGGACAACGACAAGAAACUGUCCAAGUACGACACCCUGCAGAUGGCUCAGAUUUACAUCAACGCGCUGGCGGAUCUGCUCGAGGCCCCGGUGUCCUCCUCCAGCGGCACCAGCAGCAGCAGCGCGGACAUCUCCAGCUCCCACUCGCCAAACUCUGACAUUAUGCUUUCCUCCGACUCUGGCUUUGACGGAGCGACAGACCGGGCCUCCGCCCCCUGUGCGGCCGGCAGGACAGCCGCGGCUGUGCCCGUCUCCUCCAGCGGUUUACCCGGGACGACCUUCCGCUCGUCCUCCUCUUCCUCCUUCGACAAGGAGUUCUCCGCCCUGAUCGAAGAAGCGAUGUGCUCGCCCUCCCCAGCUCCCUGCAGCCGGCCCGGCGGCUCGCUGGCCGCGGCCGGCGGAAGGAAAGAGUCUCCCCGGAGCGACGGAGAGUUUUCCCCGCACUCUCACUUCAGUGACUCCGAUGAAAUAGCGAUGGAGCUCCACUCGAGCGAGGAGGACGACCUGUCAGAACUGAAGAUGCCCCGCCACCACCUCCACCGUCUCCCUGUGUCUUUCUGA